CAUGGCUCUGCCUUGGCUGCAACGCGUCGAGCUCGUGGUCUUCGCUACCGCCUUCUUAUGCGGAGCCGUGGCGGCCGCGGCGCUGACCCGGACCCAGGUGCGGCUGCGGGACGGGGCCGGCCGUCGGGCCGGGGCUCCUUCAGUGGCAGCUGUCCCCUGUAUGGUGUGGCUGCCCUGAAUGGCUCCUCCCUGGCCUUGUCCCGACCCUCGGCCCCAUCUCUCUGCUACUUUGUGGCUGGGGCCUCUGGCCUGCUGGCCCUCUACUGUCUCCUGCUUCUGCUCUUCUGGGUCUACAGCAGCUGCAUCGAGGAUUGCCACAGAGGCCCGAUAGGGCUCCGCAUUGCACUGGCCAUCUCAGCUAUAGCCAUCUUCCUGGUCUUAGUGUCUGCCUGUAUCCUUCGAUUUGGCACCAGUUCCCUCUGCAAAUCCAUCCUCUCCCUGAACAUAACUAGCUGCUCUGAUGCCCAGAAAACUCCAUGGAUACCCCCUGGAACCACUCUGCAGUUUUACUCCAACCUACACAAUGCUGAAACCUCUUCUUGGGUGAAUCUGGUUUUGUGGUGCGUGGUCUUGGUGCUCCAGGUCGUGCAGUGGAAGUCUGAAGCCACCCCAUACCGGCCUCUGGAGAGGGGGGACCCUGUGUGGAGCUCUGAGACAGAUGCUCUUGUUGGGUCACGCCUUUCCCAUUCCUGAAGACUAACCAAAGAGUACUCCUGCCGCCAGACUCCAUGCCCAAGUGCCUGCAGUCCUCUUGCCCCCACAUGGCCCACACGGCUGGGAGCCUGAGUUUUCCCUCCAGGAGGGAAACAUGAUUAACAGACCCCCCUCUUCCUACAGCUGUUUUUGUACCAAAGUAUUAUAUUACUUUCUUUCUUCA